AUGCGAUACCAAAUAUCCAAGGGGUUGUUUGGUGCGUUGAUAAUAUAUGAAGCGCAAGGUGACAUUCAUAACAAGCUUGGGCCAUUUGAAGAUCAACCUGAGCGAAAAACAAUAUCUGUAGUCGAUCGAAUAAUGACCAUACCCACGAUGGUAACUAAUGCGUUUUGCUUACCAGACGGAUCAAAGCUGCCAAUCCAAUUUACAUCGCAUUACCAGUUAUUGGUUAAUGGUGUCAAACUUACUACAAACGUCCAGGAAAGUUCUGGUAAUGAGUCGCAUAAACACAAUUAUUACAUAGUUGGUGGUAAGAACUAUCGUUCCCGAAUCAUCUGCGCGACUAUGGGGACUGUUUUUGUGAUUUCCAUAGAUCAUCACAAAAUGCAUGUUAUGGCCGUGGACGAGUACCCAGUAAAACCAUUUGAAACUGAUUUCCUGAUUAUGCACGUUGGUGAAGUUUUCGAUUUUAUAUUGAAAAGCAAGAAAGACCUGCUGCCAGGUACCAACUACCCAAUCAAAAUUCAGUCGCUUGCUGUUAAGUGUAACAAUAAUAGUGAACUAGCCGGAAGAAGUUUUGCUUUUCUUGUGUACACAAAUAAGUCUCACGAAAUCAGACCACUGACCUCAGAAAAUUUGAUAGUUCAGAAUGACAGAUGUAAUAAUAAAUCCAACCCAUGCACGAUAAUGAACUGUCCUUUUAAAAUAAUGCCAACUGAUUAUUCUGGACCAGGUACAUAUCUGAAAUGCUAUGAUGUGUUAUCCCUUGAGCUGCUCUAUUCCACUCCAUAUUUUAAAAUUUCAACUUCAGAUGAUAUUGCAAGGGAAUAUUUCUUUAACCUUGAAGGGGUGAAACCGAAAUACUCUAUUAUCAAUGGAGUUGCAUUCUUGUCACAUGAUGUGCCUGUCCUUCAAAGAAAUGGUGCAAAUCAAUGCACAUGUCCGGUAAGCUGUAAAUAUCCUGGAAAAGUUUGACGCAUACCGUAUAUUUAAAUCAGUUCAAUACUGCUACAAGAUUUGUGAUUUCGUCAAUAAACGAAGGACAGCCAGGUGGUGAAAAUCUUACACAUCCAAUUCACAUGCAUUCAUAUACGUUUUUCGUCGCAAAAAUUGUAUACCCUGAAUACUACGAGAAUGGAACUGUGAAGGCAGCGAACAAGGACCUAUCAAUGUCGCAAUGUGGGCCACCUGAAUGGAGAAAUGGCGCACCCGAGGGCAUUUCCGUGACCAGUACUACUAUCCGUAAAAGUACUGUGAUGGUACCCGCUAGUGGAUAUGUGGUUAUUCAUUUCUUCGAAGACAAUCCUGGAUACUGGUUGAUGCACUGUCAUACUGAUUGGCAUCUCAAUGACGGAAUGGCAAUAGCAAUUGGUGAAAAUCCGGAGAGGGCGAGCACUCCUCCUGAGUUAAUGAACACGAAUACAAAGGAUUUUUGCUUCAGCGUAAAAACAUUUAUUGGUAAGUGUAAUAGUCUUCGAGCUUUGUAUUUUUACAAGAUAAGUACAACAACAACACGAGGCCCCAUGGGGGGUCUCAAACCGGAAGUAUAUCAUUACAUCCUCCUUUCCCUAACAUUAAUAUGA